CAAUUUUUCCGAAAGAUGUCGCGGUAGUUUCUCUAUGUGUCACGUAGUUAGAGGCCUUUUGAGAUUUCCACAUCUUGCAUUGCAUGUUACGAUCCGCAAGGUGAAUUGUAUUUCUAUUUACUCCGUCCUGAAAGUGACGCGUUGUUGACAGUUACAGCUGUAAUUUUAGCAAGAAUUCAUCUCUGUGUUAAAACGCCUCCCUCCAAGAAGAGGUUACCAGCAGGAUGAGCUGCGUUCGAUGUUGUUUGGUCAGUGCAGGUCGCUUAGCUUCUUCCAACCAUAUGACUAAUCAUCUACACAAAAUUGUCAGAGUCGUAGCUACCCGAUCGAUAGUCACGACCAGUCCUCUCGCCAAAUCACCCAGUGAUAGUCCACCGCCACCAAAUAAAGAUGCGGGAAGUAGCAAUCCUCCCUCGGGAACAUCGGCAAAUAACGGAAGUAGCGGUACUGGUGGAGGGAAAAAGAAUACCCUCACUUGUCCAAAGUGUGGAGAUCCUUGCACUCAUGUUGAAACAUUUGUCUCAUCAACGAGGUUUGUCAAAUGCGAAAAGUGUCAUCAUUUCUUUGUUGUUCUGUCCGAAAUUGACUCCAAAAGAACCUUGAAAGAGGCAUUAAGGCCUGAAGAGCCAAAGCAAGGAUUUUAUAGGAAACCACCACCGCCACCCAAAAAGAUCUUUGAGUACUUGAACAAGCAUGUCAUUGGUCAAGAAUAUGCAAAAAAGGUCCUCAGUGUCGCUGUGUACAAUCACUAUAAACGGAUACACAACAAUCUGCCAAUGCAAAAUGCAACCCCAGUCAAUGCUACCCAGGUAGCAACGCAGGAAUCCAAUCACCCAUUCACACAUAGAGGUCUCAAACCACACCUUCUUCACAUAUCGAGUAUAGGAAACUCGCUCGGGGUUGGAUUUCAGCACGUUGCUCCAGGCGCCGAUCAGCAAAAAUCAUCCGGCAGUCAGUCGAACACCGGGUCCGACAUCUUAGACAGCAAACAGCAUCAAUUAAAAUUGGAGAAAAGUAAUAUACUCCUGCUGGGACCAACAGGUUCAGGGAAGACCCUAUUAGCCCAGACAAUUGCUCAAUGCCUUGACGUUCCUUUCGCCAUCUGUGACUGCACCACGCUGACCCAAGCUGGUUACGUUGGAGAAGACAUAGAAAGUGUCAUAGCGAAGCUUCUUCAGGAUGCAAACUAUGUUGUCGAUCGAGCACAAAUGGGUAUUGUUUUCCUCGACGAAGUUGACAAGAUCGGAGCAGUUCCUGGUAUUCAUCAACUCAGAGAUGUUGGGGGGGAAGGCGUGCAGCAGGGCAUGUUGAAGAUGUUGGAAGGAACCAUUGUCAAUGUUCCGGAGAAAAACAGUUCUAGAAAACUAAGAGGAGAUACUCUUCAAGUGGAUACCACGAAUAUAUUGUUCGUCGCAUCGGGGGCGUACAACGGACUUGACAGGCUUGUGUCGCGUCGAAAGAACGAAAAAUACUUGGGCUUUGGGGCUACACCGUCGUCUGAAAGUCCAGGACGUAGAGCAGCGAGUCUUGCCGACGUUGCAAAUAUGUCUCCUUCGACGGAAGACGACAAUAAAGAGAAAGACAUUCUGCUGAGACAAGUGGAAGCCAGAGAUCUUAUCGACUUUGGUAUGAUACCGGAGUUCGUUGGACGAUUUCCAGUUCUCGUUCCUUUCCAUACUCUCAACAGAGAUAUGCUUGUAAGAAUCCUCACCGAACCAAAGAACGCAAUGGUACCUCAAUAUCAAAUGCUGUUCUCUAUGGACAAGGUGGAUCUCAGUUUUUCGCCUGAUGCAUUGGCCUCUAUCGCGGAUCUUGCUAUGGAACGGAAAACGGGGGCUCGCGGUUUGAGGGCGAUAAUGGAAUCCUUGUUGUUGGAACCAAUGUUCGAAGUUCCGGGAAGCGACGUACUGUCUGUACACGUUACAGAUGCCUGUGUUCGUGGUGAUGAUAAACCGCAAUACAUGCGUCGUGGCGAAACUAAUGACGAUGAACUACCACAAGCACAGCAUGUUCAGAAUUAACCCAGGAAAACACUGUUUACCUAGGAUCCUCACGUUCGAGUUUCUGUAACACGGAUACAAACACAAUCAGAAAGUAUUGCACGUGAAUUUUUGAUUAGUGCGUACAUAUGUUUUAUCCAUGUUAAGGAUACUGGUGCAAAAACCUAAUUAUAAACCGUGAAUAAUUUAUAAUUUUGUUUUAUAUUAAUUCCGUUGGAAUUGAAAAACGCGGCGGGUAGAUUGAUGAAUUGUCAAAAGUACAAUACUUUUUUCUUUUGUUUCGAAAAAGGUGUCAAAAUUUUAAUAUAAUAGGUAAACAAAUUAAAAAAUUUUAGUUAAUUAAAUUUAUGCAGGAAUGCGUAUGAUAUCGGAAAUAAAGCGAUACUAUUGUUAAACGUAUUUUUUUUUUUCACAUACACAUUCAAUAUUAUCUACAUAAUGUAUAAUAUACAGGGCAACUCAAGACUAUCACUCUAUAGGCUACUGAUGUAUGUCUCAUGAAAAUGUAUGAGUGAAACGUUUUUGAAUUCUCAUAGAAAAUUUAUUGUUCUCGAAUUACAGUCGUUUCAAAGUGGCCAAUCCAGUAGCAUCCGUUCGGCAGCUGUUCCGAGCCAUCAGAUGCUACUGGAUUAGCCACGGCUGUAAUUCGCAAACCACAAAUUUUCUUUAAAGAGUACGUUCAUAAGAAAAACGUUUCAGUCGGAGAUUUUGCGAGAAAAAUAUUGGUGCUUAUGGGACGGUAGUCCUGGGUCACCUUGUAUAACUGUCGACCAUCGUGAGCACAUUCAAAAUUCGCCGUGAUAUUAGCAUACGCAUCGUAUUCUUAUGGCGGAGGUUCUCGGAGAUGGGGGACGGUAGAAAUAAUUAAAUUGAAUUAAAAGUUAGUACGAGUACAACCUCCGUUUAUUUACGAAGUAAAGUUCUCAUUUCUGUUUUAAAAAAUUAUUUUUCUUUUUUUUUACACAACUAAAUACUGCGUAUCAGGAGCGAUUGAUCUUCAUACUCCAUAUUCGUUUACGUGAUCAAAUUAGAAAUGAACUAAUACCGCAAUUGUAAUGCUCGUAUAAAGUUCAAUGUUUUUCAUAGAUUAAUAAAAUAUAAGUUACUUACGGUAAAAAAAAAAAAAGAAAGGAUUUCCUCUAAACAGUAACACAACUUUAGAUCCCGAACAUCUGUGUACCUUUGCGGCUAGAAACUCAAUUUCAAGCUACGAGUUCAACUACUGUCAUAAUGACCGUUCAUAGAGAUGCGAUGAUAAAGAUUUUUUGUAAUAUAUUGUACAUAGAGAUAGCUUAUCCUUAGUUCAAACGAAAGAGAAAGAGAGAAAAACAAAGAAGGAAAGAAAGAAAGAGUAGUGAUAGAAACCCUGUGUAAAGUUUAGAUGGAAUUCAAAUUUAUUGGCUACACAUCGAUUCAAAUUAAUCAAAUGGUUUUGCGUUAUAAAUAGAAGUUUACGCACUGUUCGUGUAAAUAAAUGAAAUAUAUUCAUGUAGCAUAAACUGAGACGCUGCACCGCAUGUCCCGUAUUGAAAGCCAUAAGAUUCAGAGAUUGAGAAUCAGGUAACACUUGACAAACAAUGUACGGGUAAAAGCUCAUCGACCACCAAAACCUUGCUCUGCGUUGAAGUUGUUAACAAAGAAGAAUCGCGUAGCUUAAACUGAAUAUUCAACCAUCGCAAUUUAUUUCACUUGUGAUGAUAAAUGAUAAAUGUUACAUAAUAAUUUAUGUAGAUUUCGAAUUCUCUCAGUCUAAUGAAGACCAUGGUCAGGACCGUAUGGCACUCAGAAUAAACGUGUUAGAAGAGAUAGCAUAUUAUAUUAAAGCUAAUUUACACUGUACAAGGGUAUAUUUAUAAUAAACCAAGAAUUAAAUAAGUA